AUGGAGGAAGAGAGAGAUCGGAUGAACCAACUCCCUGACGAUAUUCUUCUACUCAUCCUCGGCAAAAUGGACACAUUUGAAGCCGUUAAAACCACGAUUCUCUCCCAUAGAUGGAAACACCUAUGGCGUCUCGUCCCCAGCCUCCGCUUCCACUUGAGCUGCGACUCAAAAGAUUUAACUAUCCGCUUCUCUCACUUGGUCUCCCGCUGCCUCUCUCACCGUGACUCCGCAGCCGCUGUCCACGACUUCCACCUCUCACUCGACGUCCCUAGAUUCAGUCUAGUUGACUACGAAUUCUUGGACGAAAUUGUGGAGGAAUGCGUGCUCUACGCCAUCAAUCACGACGUUCAAUCCAUCCGCGUCGACACCAAUCAGUCACUGACGCUUCCUGUAGCGUUUAUAUCAUGCAAGACGCUGCAGGAGCUCGACCUCCGGCGGUCCUAUUUGGUUUACGUGCCUGGUCGCUUAUCUUUACCAAAUUUGAAAACCCUUUAUCUUGAAACUGGAUUCUUCUUCCGCGGUAAUCACAACGAAGUGGAGCCUUUUUCCGGCCUUCCAGAGCUGGAGAAGCUUACUCUCAUCGGUUCUUUUAAGAAUGGCCUUGUUAUAAAGGCACCAAAGCUUAGAGUUCUUGAAAUCACCACUACUUGCGUAGUGAAAGAGAUUUACACCCCCUUGCUUACCUCUUUUAGGUACGAGUCUGAUAGGGCUUGGAAGUGUGCAACCGUGAAUCUCCCCAUGUUGGAGCAAGUCCAUUUAGACAUUUAUCUUACUAAUCCAUGGUACAAUUACCGGCAUCACAUUCAUUUUGUUAAGAUGCUUCACCAAUUUGAAACUGCCACCAUAGUUUCACUGACUUUGGACACUCUCAGGGUUCUUGAAUUCAAUGGUGGUCCCUUUGAGCAAACUCCUCCUCCCCCAUUUCCCAACAUGAAAUGUCUCAAGGUGAUAGAGGGGCGUCACGGAAUUCGCACAGUAUUUCAAGGAGUAAUGAACUAUUUGACGGGGACUUUGUAUAGUGAGGUGGAGUUUCCUCCUAAUGUGACUGUUGUUGAACAAAUUUUCGACAUAGACUAUUAUGAACAGUAUGGCGGGUCAGAUUCUAACUAUACUGACAGCGAUUAA